AUGUCGGCUCAGAGUCUGCUGCACAGCGUGUUCUCCUGCUCGUCGCCUGCCCCAGGCGGCGCGGCCGCGGCUAAGGGUCACUCCAAGAGAAAACUGCGCCAGACUCGCAGCCUGGACCCGGCCCUGAUCGGUGGCCGCGGAGCUGAGGCGGGCGCCGACGGCGAGCCUGGGCCACGAGGGACUACAGGGAUCCGUCUGUGCUCCUCGAUGACCUCUGCAGAGGGCCAGGGACCCCGCGCGGCGUCCUUGCCCCGUGGCCUGCCCCCUCGAGCCGCCCGUCUGCCGCCCCCGAGACCCCUCUGCUCGUCCUUCUCCACGCCCAGCACCCCGCAGGAGAAGUCGCCGUCGGGCAGCUUGCACUUUGACUAUGAGGUCCCACUGGGUCGCAGCGGCCUCAAGAAGAGCCUGGCCUGGGAUGUACCUUCCAUGCUGGCCGGCCCAGGCGGUGGCCGGAGCGCUGCAAGCAUCCUCUGCUCGUCUGCGGGCGGCUCCAAUGGCAUUUUCGCUUCUCCCCGAAGGUGGCUCCAGCAGAGGAGGUCCCAGCCCCCACCCAGCAGCCGCGGCCCCUCCUACGUCGUGUGGAAGUCUGAGGGUGAUUUCACCUGGAACAGUAUGUCAGGCCGCAGCGUGCGACUGAGAUCCGUCCCCAUCCAGAGUCUCUCGGAGCUGGAGCGGGCCCGGCUGCGGGAAGUGGCUUUUUAUCAGUUACAGCAGGACUGUGAUCUGAGCUGUCAGAUCACCAUCCCCAAAGAUGGCCAAAAGAGAAAGAAGUCUCUGAGAAAGAAACUGGAUUCCCUAGGAAAGGAGAAAAACAAAGACAGAGAAUUCAUCCCACAGGCCUUUGGAAUGCCCUUAUCCCAAGUCAUUGCCAAUGAUCGGGCCUAUAAACUCAAGCAGGACUUGCAAAAGGAUGAGCAGAAGGAUGCAUCCGAUUUUGUGGCUUCUCUUCUCCCGUUUGGAAAUAAAAGACAAAACAAAGAACUCUCAAGCAGUAACUCAUCUCUCAGCUCAACCUCAGAAACACCAAAUGAGUCGACAUCCCCUAAUACCCCAGAACCGGCUCCUCGAGUCAGAAGAAGGGGUGCGAUGUCAGUGGAUUCUAUCACCGAUCUUGAUGACAAUCAGUCUCGACUUCUAGAAGCUUUGCAGCUCUCCUUGCCAGCUGAGGCGCAAAACAAAAAAGAAAAAGCCAGAGAUAAGAAACUCAGUCUGAAUCCUAUUUACAGACAGGUCCCCAGGCUGGUGGACAGCUGCUGUCAACAUCUAGAAAAGUUUGGUCUCCAGACAGUGGGAAUAUUCCGAGUUGGAAGCUCAAAAAAGAGAGUGAGACAAUUACGGGAAGAAUUUGACCGUGGGAUUGAUGUCUCUCUGGAGGAGGAGCACAGUGUCCACGAUGUGGCUGCCUUGUUGAAGGAGUUCCUGAGGGACAUGCCGGACCCCCUUCUCACCAGGGAGCUGUACACAGCCUUCAUCAACACUCUGUUGUUGGAGCCAGAGGAGCAGCUGGGUACCCUGCAACUCCUCAUCUACCUUCUACCUCCCUGCAACUGCGACACCCUCCACCGCCUCCUGCAGUUCCUGUCCAUCGUGGCCAGGCAUGCUGAUGACAACAUCGGCAAAGACGGCCAAGAGGUCACUGGGAACAAAAUGACAUCUCUGAACUUGGCCACCAUCUUUGGCCCCAACUUGCUGCACAAGCAGAAGUCAUCUGACAAAGAGUUCUCGGUCCAGAGUUCAGCUCGCGCUGAGGAGAGCACUGCCAUCAUUGCUGUGGUACAGAAAAUGAUAGAAAACUAUGAAACUCUCUUCAUGGUUUCCCCGGAUCUCCAGAACGAAGUGCUGAUCAGCCUGUUGGAGACCGACCCCGAUGUCGUGGACUAUUUACUCAGAAGAAAGGCUUCCCAGUCAUCAAGCCCUGAUAUGCUGCAGUCGGAAGUUUCUUUUGCCAUGGGAGGGAGGCACUCAUCCACAGACUCCAACAAGGCCUCCAGUGGAGACAUCUCCCCUUAUGACAACAACUCCCCAGUGCUGUCUGAGCGUUCCCUGCUGGCUAUGCAAGAGGACACGGCGCCAGGGGGUUCAGAGAAGCUUUACAAAGUGCCAGAGCAGUACAUGCUAGUGGGGCACUUGUCGUCGAAGUCGAGAGAAAAUUCUCCAGGACCGAGACUUGGGCAAGAUAUGUCAGAGGAAGCUUUCAAUAUCUGGGGAACUUGGCAUUCAACAUUAAAAAGUGGAUCCAAAGACCCAGGAAUGACAGGUUCCUACGGAGACAUUUUUGAAAGUAGCUCCCUCCGACCCGGGCUGUGUUCACUUUCUCAAGGGAACCUGUCCCUGAAUUGGUCUCGCUGGCAGGGCAGCCCCACGGAGCUGGACAGUGGCGCACAGCUCAUGCGGAGGACUCAGACCACGGCCACCAUCGCCGAGUGCCGGGCCCACCCUCCGGUGUCGCGCGUCUGCAGCACGCCCCAUCCCCAGGGCAGCAGCAGGCGGUCGGAGCCGGCCCUGGCCCGGUCCGAGCAGUCCUUGACUCUGAGCAGCGCAGAAGACCUGAGCGAGAGUGAGCUGGAUGCGGCGGGGCUGCAGAUGCGAGCCAAACCUCUGUACCAGAGAUCACGAGAGGGUGGGAGGCACGACCAGAGGCCUCCCCCUCCUUAUCCUGGUCCUGGGAAGCAGGCCUCUGCAUCCUCCCAACAGCCUCCAGAGCCCGUGUUGUGGAGGCAGCAGAAGUCAGAGGAAGGCUCCGGAGCCCCCUUAGAAGAGGGCAGCCAAACAUCCGAGCGCGAGCAUCAGGCCGCACAACAAAAACUGAGUAGUGGCUACUCCGCUCCGGCCAGCGAUCAGAACAGUAAGAAACUGGGUGAACCCAACUGGCUCGACUGGCAGAGAGACCGGUGGCAAAUCUGGGAGCUUUUAUCGACAGACAACCCCGACGCCCUCCCCGAAACGCUGGUAUGA